AUGGCCGGCAUCGCCAACGCAAUCUACAAGCAUGUCUCCCCCUCCUCUUCCGACCCGGCCUUCCUUCCAAUUACUAUCAUUCGCAAGAAUGCCAUCUUCAUGACUUCCAUCUUCGCCGGUGCCUUCGCCUUCGAGAUUGCCUUUGACACUACCUCCAAUAAGAUUUGGGACCACUGGAACGCUGGCCGCCAAUGGAAGGACAUCAAGCCCCGAUACAUGGUCAAGGAGGAAGAGGAGGAUGAUGAGUAA